GUCCCUCUACUGCAAUCAGAUCAGUUGGAUUGGGAAGAGUUCAAAUGAUGAUGAGACAUCUUGCAUCUGUUGGAGAAAAUGCUCAGAAUGCCCUUGAAGAUACUGCUUGGAGCCUUUGGCCUAUGAAUACUUCUCAGGCUUCUGGAAGUGGUUCACGGUUUCCUCCGAAUGGGAGGUUCCCUGGAGGGUCUGAUAAUCUACAUAUGAGGAAUGCCCACGUUUUGCAAAUGAUAAUCUGGCAAAUAUUCCUGGCUAUGGCUGAGACUGUUCGGGAGGUUCUACCUCAUAUACCAGAUGACAUAAUUUUCCAGGCUACGAGUGGCCCACUUUGUGUAAAAUUUACCUAAUACCCAGAUCGUUCUAUAGAUCUUCUGAAUUUCAUCCUCUUAAUGAGAUCAUCAAGUAUUAUUGAGGUCAA